UCUGGGAGUAAAAAACAUGACUAAAUAAACAAACACAUGAAACAAAACUCCGUUAGAUUAAGAUGUUUACUAGCUCUCAUUUCUGAGACGCCAGUGUUUUUUUGCCCCGUUUAUUUUUCUCCACAGACGCGAAGUCGAGGGCAUUCAUUCAUUCAGCUCUAGGCUCCAUUGAUUCGAUUACACGCCCGGUGUGUAGCCUGGAUGGUUGUGUGUUUACUAUGACAUUGCAGAAAGAUAGAUCCUAUUUUUUUUUACAGGCGUGGAUACGUAAGGACGUUGACCCCGCCCUGCUCUGAUGAGUACCCACGAGAUGGUGAGGCACACUUGAAGGCUGAAACAGUCCUGGGAGUGUCACGAGCAAACUCUACUGCAUCUACUUCGCGUUGAUCGUCAGUGUGUUGGUGACAGCUCAAAAUAUCCCAUGACCCACUCUACUUCACCUAUCCUAUGACAACCCUAGAACCCCGGAUCUCAUUCCACCAGUACUAGACGUCUAGCAGCACCCCCGGCUGAAGAAUGAGCCAGGACUUUUGCCGCUGUGGGAGGAUCAACAUCCUGGUCUACGUGCUGGUCAUCUUGUUCGCCGUCUCCUCGUGGGUGGACAUGAACGGCCUGUGGAUGGAGCUGCCCAUCCUCGUCCAGAAUUUACCUGAAGGCUGGGACCUGCCCUCCUACAUGGGUGUCGUUAUCCAGAUAGCGAACAUAGCCCCGCUGGCUUACACCAUCGCCAACACUCGCUGGCCCGGUCGCAGGCUGGAACUUCCGGUUAUCUACGUCAUCAUCGUCCUCGGCGCCGUCUCGUGCCUCCUGCUGGCCUACCUGUGGGACGUGACGUCUGACAUAGCAGGCGAGAGCCACAGCACGGCGCUACUGGUGCUUCAGUUCUUCCUGGCUCUGGUCGACUGCACGUCCUCCGUCGCCUUCCUGCCGUUUAUGUCGGUCUUUAAGCCCCAGUACAUGACGGCGUAUUUCUUGGGGGAAGGCUUCAGCGGACUGAUUCCAAGUCUCGUGGCGCUUGCUCAAGGGGCCGGAACUAUGGAGUGCCAGAAUUUUCCAAUUAACAUUAAUAAAACAAUAGAUGUCAAUAAUAAUUCACAUCACUAUACAAAGGAUGAUAUCGAGAGAAAUACAACAUUUUUGUUUUUUAAAGAAGAUUUAAAUAAUUCAUCCUCACCUAUUGCUUUUAUGAGAUAUCCGGUUUAUCAAGAACCGAAAUUUUCCGUUCGGACGUUUUUUCUGUUCCUGAUGGCGCUGCUCACGCUAAGCGUCAUAGCGUUCACGCUGCUAAAUUUCUGGUCCUACUGUCAGCAAGAGUACGCGCAGCUGGCACCGGAAGACGAGAAAGAGAAACCGGAAACGGAAGAUUCCGAGGUUCAGCUUGAGUUCAACGAAACGGAAAACUGUGUUAUGAUUACUUCUACCAACAAUCAAAACCUGGGCAGCGACAAGAACUCUUGCAUUCAUAAAAACAAAAUUUCAGAUCGGCACACGCAAACGUAUUCAUUUUCAGAUAAAAUCAACGGGAAUACAAAACCUGUUUCGAAAGUAAAAGUUGUGCACCCCAAACUAUCAGAAAUCCCCGUGGUUAUAAAUAAACCUGAAAGCAAAAUGCCGAGAUCUAAGUACAUCAUGUUCAUGUUGUUCACCUUUUGGUUAAACGCCUUGUCGAAUGGCGUCAUGUUUUCCAUACAAACCUACUCCUGUCUGCCCUACGGCCUAGACGUCUACCAUUUGAGUAUCACCCUGUCCUGUAUCAGCAACCCGCUGGCCUGUUUGGUCUGUAUUUUUCUCACGAUGAGAUCCCUGGCCAAAACCAGUUGGAUGACCAGUGUGGCAACCCUGUUCGCCGUCUACAUCAUCUACACCGCGGCGAGGAGUCCCGACCCCCCUCUAGUUGGUUACAUCUCUGGCUCCAUAAUCACGGUGACGGUGUGGACGCUGGGAGUGUUUACAAUGACGUACUGCAAAGUUUCCAUAGCAACCGAGUUUCGAUCCGAGGGUAAAAGAGCUCUGAUGUGGGUGGGGGCGGCAACCCAGGCCGGCUCUCUCGUGGGUGCAAUAGUCACCUUCGUCCUGAUCAACGUGUACAAGGUGUUAACGGUGGCCAACCCGUGUCGCUAGACCUGGCCAAGGCCAUCUUCAGAUUAGAUUGUGUUUUUAUUGUGGCCAUUUAGUGUAGCUAGACCUGCCGUGGCCAUCUUCAGAUGACUGUUUUUAUUGUGGCCAUCUCGUGUUAAUAGAUUUGGCCAAGGCCAUCUUCAGUUUACACUGUGUUUUUAUUGUGGCCAUCAAGUGUGGCAAGACUUGGCCAAGGUCAUCUCCAUAUUACAUUGUGUCUUUAUUGAGGCCACCUGGUGUUACUAGACUUUGCCAAGGUCAUAUUUCGAUUACAUUGUGUUUUUAAUGUAGCUAAUCAUUUGGGUCAGACUUGACUGACGCCAUUAAUAGAUUACAUUGUGUGGCUAGAUAUGACCAAGGCCAAAGUGUGAUUACUCUGUUCUAGUUUUAAUAGAAUUGAUGUGUACAAAUCAAAUAUUGAUUAAUAGUAUUACGAUUGAUAAAUGAAUACAUUAAAAUCUAACCUGAAGAGAUUAUAGUAGCACGAAAACCAGUACUGAUUCGAUAAAGGCAAACAUUUUUUUUUAUAGAUCUGUCGGGAGCCUUGCUGCAAGACAUUUAGAUAUCCUGUCACUAGACUAUUUGUUGAUGUUCUUUUUAACUGGCCACUUUGUCAGAGGCCCUUGUAACUGAACACUUUGUUGCAGCUCAUGUAAACAGGCCUAUUAAUUAUAGCUCUGUUAAUUGGCCCUUUUUGUCACAACACUUUAUUACUGGCCACUUUGUUACAGCUUAACUGGCCACUUUGUUACAGCUUAACUGGCCACUUUGUUACAGCUUAACUGGCCACUUUGUUACAACUUAACUGGCUUAUUUGUUAAAGCUUAACUGGCCAGUUUGUCACAGCACCUUAUAACUGGCCACUUUGUUACAACUUAACUGGCCACUUUGUUAUAACUUAACUGGCCAGUUAGUUGCAAUUUCUACUGUGGCAAUGGGGCGGUUUGGUCGAUUAGUAGAGCGAACGGCUGUUAAUCCAUAAGUCAAGAGUUCGAUUCCCGGGUUCGAACCGUGAUAAUUUUCACCAACCUUCCCCCUCCCGCUCUCGUGAGUACAUGGCAUACAGAGAUAUACAAAAAUAUUACUUAUACCUAGGUCACGGAAAUAGAUGAACUCUACUUCAUCUGUCACAUUGACAGUCAAAUCCAAAAGGUUCCUUUACUUUUCAGUGACCAUUUUAAUUGUCUUAAUGUUUUUUUAGCAAUUCUUGUUAACUAAAUGAAGAAUCUUGAUACAGUUUUCCCCGUGAAAAGAAUGUUUUGUAAUGUAAACUCCAUGCAUGAUCUCAUUGUUUUAUUGAAUAUGUCGCUACACAAAACGUCAUUCAUUAAUCCAGGUAGUUUUGACAUAAUUAAAUUUGACAAGAGCAUUAAUCACAAUAAUAUUCAUCUUAGAUAGAUCUUUACACAUAAAUGACAUAUAUUACAUUUUGUAUGGAAAGAAAAUUCAUUCAAUCAACAUUAAUUAUACAAGUUUCAUUUAAAUAUUAUAUGUGAAAGAAAGAUGCGUGCAUUUUAAAAUAUUAAUGAAUGUUUUAAAAUGUAACAUUUUAUAUGAAAAAUAUAAUUUGUUAAAAAUGUGUAUGUUUGU